UGGGGUGGGGUGGGACUCUUGCUAGAAAUUUCUCCCAAAACUCGAUGUCCCUCCCCAUCGGAGGAGCCUUGUUGCUCCCCAAACCAACCCUAACAAGCCCUCAAAUUUACACACCAUACCAUUCCCUUCGUCCCACCUCCCGGUUCUGCUAGGUUUUAUCAUAUAUAGCGUCAACUGUGCUUAGCCUUCUUUGAUUUGGUUUCGUUCUUUUGAUUAUAUCUAUAUAUUAUCGUAUUGGUUGGUUAUGUAAGUAUGGAGAGAUCUGAUAGCAAAGAUUUGAAGGACGCCAGUGGACGUCCAUCAGAUGCACUCUUUGAUGCAACACAGUAUGCGUUCUUUGGGCAAGAUGCCAUGGAAGAAGUUGAUUUGGGAGGUCUGGAUGAUGAUGGUGAUGAUCCUGUGUUCGGAUCUGUCAAUGAUGAUGAUUUCUCUUUGUUUGAUAAAGAUGAGGGUGUGGGUUUUGGAUCGUUAUCUGAUGUGGAUGAUCUAGCAACUACAUAUGCAAAGUUAAACAGUGUUGUCACGGAGCCAAAAAAUCCUGGAGUUAUUGGCAAUAGAGGUUCCGAAUCUUUUUCAAGAGAAAGUUCAUCUGCCACUGACUGGGCACAAGAUGGAGAACUUGGAAGCUUGCUGGAUCAGCAAAUGCCUUGUAUGGAAGACGCCCAGGAGCUCAAGAGAUGGCCAUCACAGCCACAACCUUCCUCUGCUCGUUUCAGUGAAUCAAAGCCUCUGUACAGAACUUCCUCAUAUCCGCAGCAGCCACCACAGCUGCAUCAGUACACAAGCGAACCAAUUUUGGUAUCAAAGUCAAAUUUUACAUCUUUCCCUCUUCCUGGUGGCAGAUCCCAGCAAGCUUCACUGCAGCACCCAUAUAUUUCAUCCCUAUCCGAUGUAUCAGGGUCGCCCUUCUCUGCGCCAAACUUCUCUCCAUUACCCAACUCUAACCCUCAUCUGGCUGGUUUACACCAUGGGUUGGACUAUGGUGGAAAUGUUCCCCAGUACAGCUCUCCGGAACUUUUGUUUAAUAGCAGGGGACAAAACCAUUGGCCUAACCACAGUGGGUUAUUACAUGGAGAUCAGUCCAGCCUCUUACAAAAUAUAUUGCCACCGCACUUAUCUCGCCAUGAUGGCGUAUUUUCAUCGCAGUCGCAUCUGCAGCAACAGCAGAGACUGCAUGCUUCACUUCAACCAUCUUUCUCCCAUUUGGCGGGAAUGCAAUCCCAACCUUAUCAUUCCAAUCCUGCACCAACACAUAGAAUGAUGUUUGGUUUGGUGCAAUUUAGGUCCAAGUAUAUGACGACCGAAGAGAUAGAGAGUAUUCUUCGAGCUCAGCAUGCUGCCACUCAUAGCAGUGACCCAUAUAUCGAUGAUUAUUACCACCAAGCUCGUCUUGCUCAAAAAUCUGCUGGGUCCAGGAUAAAGCACCAUUUCUCCCCAUCUCACCUGAAGGAACUUCCCUCUCAGGGCCGUAACAGUGCAGAACAGCAUCCUCGUGCGCAAGCUGAUGUACUUGGGAGGAUUCCCUUGACUUCCAUUCGCAGGCCUCGUCCCCUUCUUGAAGUUGACACUCCUCCCUCUGGUUCUGUUGCUGGAAUUUCUGAGCUAGGACUCUCUAUGAAGCCUCUGGAACAGGAACCAAUGCUUGCAGCUAGAAUCACUAUUGAACAUGGCCUUUGUCUACUACUUGAUAUAGAUGAUAUUGACAGGUUCUUGCAAUUUAACGAGCAUCAAGAUGGUGGGGCCCAGCUACGGCAUCGGCGGGACAUGCUGCUUGAAGGGUUGGCAGCAUCACUUCAGCUUGCUGAUCAACUUGGCAACAGUGGCCACGCUGUUGGCCUAGGCCCCAAGGAUGACAUUGUGUUCCUACGAUUAGUCUCUCUCCCGAAGGGAAGAAAGCUUAUCAAUAGGUUUCUACAGCUUCUAUUUCCAGGUGGUGAGCUCACCCGAAUUGUUUGUAUGGGCAUUUUCCGUAAUUUAAUAUUUUUGUUUGGCGGUCUUCCUUCGGAUUUGGGAGCAGCUGAGACUACUACUAAUCUGGCCAAGACAGUUUCUGCUUGUAUUAAUGACAUGGAUCUACGUGCACUUAGUGCUUGUCUUAUCGCAGUUGUUUGUUCAACAGAGCAGCCGCCAUUGCGCCCCUUUGGAAGCCCUGCUGGGGAUGGGGCCUCAGUUAUUUUGAAGUCUCUACUUGACCGGGCGACUAAGCUGUUAUCUGAUCCUCAGUCUGCUGGCACCUGUAGCUUGUCAUCUCGGGCUCUCUGGCAGGCAUCAUUUGGCGAAUUUUUUAAUAUGCUUACUAAGUAUUGCGUGAGUAAAUAUGACACCGUAUUGCAAUCAGUCUAUGUGCAGAACCAGCCAAGUGCAGAGGCUAUUGGUUCAGAAGUCACCAGGGCAAUAAGUGAUGAAAUGCCUGUGGAUCUUCUGCGAUCAAGUCUGCCGCACACAAAUGAUAGCCAGCGGAAGCUUCUAUUAGAUUUUGCUCAGAGAUCCAUGCCUAUUAGUGGAUUCAAUAAUCAUUCCGGGACAAGUGGCCAAAUAAACUCUGAAUCAGUGAGAAGUUAAGAUAGUAGAAGCAAAGGUCAUGUGAAAGCCAGACAAUGAUGCAAAUGGUAUUUGUUAUCCACUUCUGUGCAUGGGGAAAAAGGUGAGGUUGCCCAUGAGUGGAUAUACUUUGUCUGUGGGUGGAUGCAAAGUCGUGUCCAUAACGCAAGUCAGUUUUUAAUGCCUCGGUAUAAUCUGUUUAAUUGACUCGUCUCUUUUUCAGUCUUAAUUAGAAUUCUUUAAUCUCGCUGCUCAUUCAGAUGAUAUAUAGUGUUGCUGAAACGUGUAUCGUGAUGGAAAUUAUUGAGGGGAGUUGGUGACCAGAAGUUUUCUUUCUGGGGAGCUUUAUUUUGGUGCUCUUUGUAGAAACUUCGGACAACUGGAAGUGGAAGGGUAGGGGAUAGAAUGUACAUCAUUGUGGAAAAGAACAUUAGGAUUCCUCGUGUUUUUUUUGUUCCUCCUAGGUCAUUCUGGGCAAUUUGUUAGUAGUGAUUAUUUCUUUGAAGGGGUGGUUCUAGUCUUUUGUCUGUUGGGAGUCUUGUAAUUCUGGGAACAACCGUUCCUUUAUGGUUGGUGGUUCUCUUCUCUGAUGAUUAUCGAUAUGUAAUAAUCUUUUGAAGCAUAUGUAUGCUCUUAGACAAGGUACUAGUUAUUCCAUAUUGAUUUGAUUUUCUC